AUGUCGUCCCCUUGGGCGUCGUCCCUGCCCGGUGAUUUGGUUCGCCUGGUAGCUUCGCGCUUAUUGGCCGGCGACCUGCUGGACUACGUCCGCUUCCGCGCCGUCUGCGCCCCGUGGCGAUCCAGCACCGCCUCCCCGCGCGGCCGCGGGGUCGUGGAACCACGCUUCCACCCGCGCCGUUGGGCGCUGCUGCCCGAAGGCCACGGCCUCUACCCCGGCCACCCGAAGCUGCACGGCUGCGUCCGCUUCGUCAACCUCGACACGGGAGCCUUUGUAUGCGUCCGCAUCCCGUUGUUCGACGACCACUGCGUUCUCGAUUCCUACCAAGGCCUCCUCGUCCUGCAGCGGGACCACGACACCGCCAUCCGCCUGCUCCACCCGUUCACCGGCGACCUUGUCGACCUGCCACCACUCUCGACUCUCCUCCCGCAGAUGCGAGACCUCAUUGGAUUACGACCUGCGCGACGGAAGCUUCCAUACCUCAGAUCCUUCUCUACUGCCGCUACCUUCGCCGAUGGUGUCGUCACCGUCCUGCUUGCAUUCUAUGACCUACAUCGUGUGGCCGUCGCAACCUCACAGGACCACCAAUGGACUAUGCCCACCUGGUACUAUGAAAUAAGUUGUCGGCCCUUCCCGCACCAGGGCAAAUUAUAUGUGGUGCAUAGGUUUGGCACUGACUUUUUAUCACCAAAGAUUUUCCGGAUAGACACACCCCUUCCGGGUGAAGAGCUGCAACCCCCCAAGAUGAUCGCCACUACCGCAGAUAAACUACGUGGACCCAUCUUCUUCGUUGAGUGCGACUCAGAGGUCCUGGUGAUUGGUUAUGGUGCACCGGCUCCUGGUCGCCAGCCAUGGACCAAUGCAGCUUACGUGGCACGGAACCAGGUCCAUGCAGCCUCAUCCAGCACAUCUUUACCUGUUGCAGUUGGAGGCACAGCUGAUUCACCUAUGCUAAAUUCAGGAAUAAAGGACUGCUGCUUCAUUGGAGGAAAUACGGCGGCCGUGGCGGAUGGCUUCGGUGGCCGGUGA